GCAGAGUACAUCAGCCACCAGGUGGGGAGACCAAACUCACCAGUGAUAAUACCACACCUGAACACCAUGCUGUUAGGGUCCUGAAGCCUCCAGGUGGUGGAUCAUCCAUCAGUUUUGGAGAAGAUAGCGAUGAUUACAUGAAGCCCAAGGCGAAGCCUACACCUGCCGAGGAAGUUCCAAAGGAGGAACCGGAGCAAGCUCCUAAGCUUGAAACUAAUGGUAUGGAAAACCCUGAGAAAGAUGGGGCUGCUGUCACCAAGGAAAGUAAUCCUAUCAAUGCCACCAAUGGUUCCACCACAAGUGGGUCUUCCACUCCCACAUCUAGAGUAGAUACUCAAUCCCGUCUCUUUGGAGAAGAGCCGCCAAAGGAGGCACAGUGCCGCCGAGUUCGAGAUCAUCAACGCAGCAACAUCUUUGGGGCAGAGGUGAACACGAAUCCCAAUGGAACACCCAACGGCUCUCCUAGGGCAGGUAGGGCUCCUGUCUUUUUGUCAGCAUUGGGCAGAGAGAAGAAACAGUUUGAAUAAGUAAUGGUAUAUAGGAAACGAUUUUACAAGAUGCUGAAAGUGUUGGUUUUCAGCAUACAUUUCAUUAUAAUUAGACUCAAAAAAAUUGUCAGAAAAAAGGUUGGUGCAUUUUGCCCAAUAAAACAGCAUAUGAAAGACAAGAUCUGUAAAUUACAACAUCUGUGUUUAGUUGUUGAUGCUUCGGAGUAUACUACUACACAGGCCUACCUAAUUUACUUGCCCUAUUAAUUAUCAUUAUUAUUGAUUAAUCUUGUAGAAUGAAAGAUGAUAAAAUAGUGACAUACAUUUCCCCCUGAAAUUAGAGGACAUUGUGUAUAAGCCACUUAAACCCGCCUGUGUGUAUAUAUGUGGGUAU